CAACAAAACAAAAUAGAUAAUGCCAUCGGCGAUAUACAAAUUCAAGAAGCAUUAAAACAAAAAAAACUCAUAUUGUUUUACCAUAUAAAAACCAUCAAAAAUGAUUUGCUCAAAGAAUUUAUUGAACAUUUAAAAAAAAAACAUAUGAACGAAAGCUAUGAGUAUAUUCAACAAGGUUAUAAUAAUUUAAAAAAUUAUAUUAAUCAAUAUGAAGAAGAAAAUAAUAAUAUGAAACAAUAUAUUACUACCAUACAAAACGUUCAAAAAAUAUAUUAUAAUAAUAUAUACGCUAAGGAAAAGGAAACUCGUUCAGGAGAAUAUUAUAAGGAUUUUAUUAAAUCAAGGAGAAAUCUUUAUAAUAUAAGGGAAAAUAUAUCCAAAAAUGUAGAUAUGAUAAAAAAAAAAAAUGAACAAAAGAAGAAAAUACAGCAUUGUGUAGAUAAAUAUAAUUCUAUAAAACAAUAUGUAAAAAUGAUUUAAAGUGGUGACACACAAGGUGAUAAUAAUAAUGAUAGGGAUAUAUACGACAUGUUAAUUGUCCCCCUAGAUUCAAUAAAACAAAAUAUCGAUAAAUACAACACAGAAUAUAAUUUUAUAACAUAUACAAAUAAUACACAUAAUAAGAAGAACCAAGAAAUGAUGGAAGAAUUCAUAUAUCUAUAUAAAAAAAUAAAAAUUUUAAAAAUAUUAAUUAUAUCCUUAAAAGCUUGUGAAAAAAAUAAUAAAUCUAUCAAUGUAUUAAAUGACAAAACAGAAGAAUUAAAAAAAAAAAUUGUAACACACGAAAUAGAUCUUCUACAAAAAGAUAUUUUAACAAUCCGAAUAUGAAAUAAAAAUUUUAUAUUAUUAAAUGAUUUAUUAAAAGAAAUUGAAAUAUAUUUUACAGAUCUACACAAAUUUAAAAAAAAAAAAAAAAAACCAAACGAUCUAUUUAAAUAUUAGGAACAAUCCAAAAAUUAUUUUUAUUUUAAAAACAAAAAAGAUAAUUUUAAUAUACAAAACAUACUUAAUAAAAUGAAUGAAUAAUGGUUAUCUAUCAAAAAAAAUAUUAAUGAAAUUAAUAAAAAUUAUCAAACACUAUAUGAAAAAAAAAGAAAUUUACUCCUAAACAAUUCAAAAAGUUAUACAGAAUACUUUUAUGAUCAUAUAAUGAAUCUAAUUCUUCAAAAAAAAAAUUAUUUAAAAAAUAAUGUAAAGACAAAAAUACAAAAUAACCAACAUUCAUUAUAUGCUUUACAACAAAAUGAAGAAUACCACAAAGUAAAGAUCCAAAAGGAUCAAAAUGAAAUUAAGAAAAUUAAACAAUUAAUUCAAAAAAAAUAAAGAUGAUAUACUUAUGAAAACAACAUUGAACAAAAAAAUAUAGAGUUCAAAACAAAUGCUGAAAAUAAGGAUGAAAUAGUAAAUACCUUGAAUGAGGUUAAGAAAAAAAUAAUAUAUACAUAUGAAAAGGUAGAUAGUCAAUUAUCGAACGUUUUAAAAAAUUAUGAAGAAGGAAAAGUAGAAUAUGAUAAAA